AUGGCCAACUCUACUGCAGAUGCCAUCCCGGCGGAAGGCCUCGCCGUCACUGGUAACCUCACCCUGAUGGACUCAUUCUCUCGCCUGCCUGCUACCUUGUGGGAGCAGCGGGACCUUCUCGCCCUGCAGGCAAGAAUCGUCGUGGCGGCCCUGGGUUGCAUCUAUGUGGGCUCAUUUGCCUCGCUGCGGCGACCUCCCAGUGCCAGCCCGCCUAAGAAGAAGAAGAGGGGAAAAUAUGGCGAGAAGGACGAAGAUGACGACGACCAGUUCGUCCAGGGCCUUGUCGCCUCAGACGCCAUCAUGUUUCCAAUCCUGGCCGGGACUGUUCUGGUGGGUCUGUACUACCUGAUCAAGUGGCUGGAGGACCCGGCAAUCAUCAGCAAGAUCAUGGGCGUCUACUUCUCCGUCAUGUCACUGGCAAGCAUGGGCAAGCUUCUUGCCGACUUUCUCCAUUUCGUCACCGGCCUGGUGUUUCCUGAGGUCUGGAAAUGCAGCGAUGGCAUCCUUUGGCGGUUUGACGGCGCCAAGAAGUGCCAGUAUCGGCUGGACGAUGGAGGAGAGCGGGUAUACGACAACGCCAAGAUGUCUCCAUUCCCCGGCACCCUAUUCUCGAAAUGGAGGUUCUCCGAGUCAAAGCACAACCUAUUCUGGGAGUUGCGUCACCUUUACCAAGAGCAGUGGACUGUCCGGUUCGCCAUGCACGGGCUUGGCAAGCACCGUAUCCAGCUCAGGCUCAACGAUGUUCUGGGGGCAUUCAUGGCCAUUGGCGCCAGUAUUCUCUACCAGACGACCAAGUCAAACAUGCUGUCCAACAUCAUGGGAUACGCGUUCUCUUACGUUGGCAUUGUCACGCUGUCACCCACCUCUUUCGCCAUCGGAAGCUCGGUGCUGUUUGGCCUGUUCUUCUACGAUAUCUACAUGGUCUUUUACACUCCAUACAUGGUCACUGUUGCCACCAAGCUAGACGUUCCGAUCAAGCUGGUAUUCGAAAGCGGGAAAAGGUCCAGCAUGCUAGGCCUCGGAGACAUCGUGGUCCCCGGCAUGUUCAUUGGAUUGUGUCUUCGCUUUGACCACUUUCUUCACUACUAUCGUCAGCGCCAACUUGUCCCUGUCGAGCUCCGAUCUGAGGAAAAGGGAGUAGAUGGAGUAGUAGAUGAGGUACAAGAGACGCAGCGUAUGGUCCAGAAGCCCAAGUAUGUCAAUCCCAUGGGCCAGUGGGGAAACCGCUUCUGGGGCUCGGGUAGUGCCACUCCUGCCGUAAAAGCUGCUGCGUUCAAGAAGACAUACUUCAAGGCUGCCCUGGUAGGAUACUUCUUGGCCAUGUUGGCCACGCUGACCAUGCUCCUGGUAUUCAAACACGCUCAGCCCGCCCUUCUUUACCUGGUGCCCGGCGUCGUGUCCGCUGUCUGGAUUACAGGUGCAGUAAGGGGCGAGUUGCAUGAGAUGUGGAUCUACACCGAAGAUGGUACUCUGGACAAAGAGGAUGUCAUCGUCGAGGUGGACGGAAGCGGCAACGUUCUCAAGGUGGUUGAGGACAAGAAGGAGGAGGACGAGAGCAAGGAGGAUAGCAAGACCAGUGACGCGAAGGCGGACACUGAAGCCUCAGGUGCUGUCGAUCUGGCGCAAAAGGAGAAACCGCAUACCUCUGAGACAAAGAAGAGCAAGAAGGCAUCCUCGCGGACCGUUUUUGCGUUUACGAUUGAGGCACCGCCUUCGCCUACCGAGGUUGUGGAUCAGUAG